AUGGUUGCUUUUGGUUGUAGGUUUCGUGUGAUCACAUUUGGGACUUUGAUUACUGGGUUAUGUCGAACAGGCAAUAUCAAUAUUGCCCUUCAGUUACUUGAAGAAAUGGUUAAUAGGAAUGGUGAAUUUGAUGUCAUUUGUAAGCCUAAUAUUGUUACUUACACUAUCAUUAUUGAUGGUCUUUGCAAAAAUGGGUUAUUUGACAAGGGGAAACAACUGUUUUUAGAAAUGAAGACCAGGGGAAUCAACCCAGAUGUAGUUACUUACAGCUCUCUAAUUCAUGGUUUGUGUUGUACAAGCAAUUGGGAGGAUGCUAAAACAUUGUUUAUUGAGAUGUUGGAUGAAGGUGUGUCCCCUGAUGUCGUGACAUUUAGUGUGCUCUUAGAUGAGCUUUGCAAGAAGGGGAAGAUUGAUGAUGCAAAUGGGUUGCUCCAACUGAUAAUUCAAAGAGUUGUGCAGCCCGAUACAUUUACUUAUAUCAUAAUUUUGAGUGGCUAUUGCUUAGCAGGAAAAAUUGACGAUGCGAAACAGCUAUUUGAUUCUAUGGUUAGUAAGGGAUGUAACCCUGAUGUUGCUAGCUACAAUAUUUUGAUGGAUGGUUUUUGCUUGGCAAAUAAAAUUGGUGAUGCUAAGGAGUUGUUUGCUUCGAUGAUAAGGGAUGCAGGCCUAAUGUAG